CAUGUAAGAAGAAAAAAAGAGAACCGCAACUUGAACACAGACACAGACUUGUGGUUUUAUAAGAAAGUUGUGUAGUCUUCAAAAAAAGCACAACACCAAUUUUCAACCAGUCAGAAAAUUCUUGGUUAAUUAAAUCUAGCACUGACUCACAGAAAAAAAAGAUAGAGAAAGAUAUAAUUACAGGUGUUAGAUAGAGAGAAAGGAGCCCAUUUGAUUAAGAGAGAGGAGAGGAGGAGAUAUAUAUAAAUAUAUAUGGAAACGGGAGGAACUUCAAAUAGAAGAGAAGAGACUCCAAGGAGAAGAAAAAAGAAGAAGAUUUAAGACCAUUAACGAACUGGGUUUUUGUUUGUUUCCUUAAUUGACUUUCAAAGAAUUCGAUGCUUGUGGGUUUGAUCAGUUGAUGGAUUUUAACUAAGGGAUUGAUUGCUGUAAAUUAUGUUGGAUGUCUGGUCUAUUCGAGUUUUCCCACACAAUCUAAUGGAAGAAUUGUAGUUGAAAUGGAGUUGCUUUUGGUGACAGAGAGCAGUUGUGCUGGUCAUACGAGGCAAACUUGCUUCUCUGAUACAUGAAAAGUUAAACAUUUGAAGGUUUGAUAUUAUUUAAUGCCACUUGUAGAACUGGAGGGCUUGCGCUGCAUUCGUUUGCUUUGAACAUGAUGCAUCCAUUAUUUUGAUGUCUGUGUAUGAUUGAGUUUGGAAGAGAGUUAAGAAUACUGGAAUAGAGUGCGUCGGACAAAGAAAGUAGAAGAGGAUCCUGUUAACUUUUGGUAGGACAAUAGACUCAACCUUAAGGAUGGGCUUGCCUCAGUUCUCCUCCAGCAGCAUUGCCGAGGAAGCAGCCACAUCUUUGAGUGCAAUUGUGCAAACUUCACCUCGAAUUGUUGGUGUGAGUAGUUGUGAUUUGAGUGGGAUGCAUGGAGGAAACCCUGGAUAUCGAAUGCAGGUGGAAAUGCACUGCACUUCUCUUACAGAUUUCCACAAGAAAACCGUUGUAGAAAAUAAGAAGGGCUUGUUAAGUCAUAAAAGUGGACAGAAUAUCCAGACACCUGUUCCUAGGAUUGUUGGUUUUGAAUCAAGGGGAUUGAAUUCUCCCGUUGGUGCAUUUAAUGGAAACCAAACUGCUUCUACUGUAGUUACUAUCGGCUCUAAUGCAGUUGAGUCCACUGGAUCAGACAAGAAGCGGUUAUUGUCUCCUCUGAGUGGGAUGCUUCACCCUGAUAAGUUUAAUGGUGCUUCCCUAGACAUCGGUGAUGGUGUUUGUAAGAGUAAUCUAUGGGGUAGCAAGGACAAUUACAAGGUUUCUAUGUCACAAGAACAUAAAAAGGCUCAUAUUGGAAAUUCCAGUUAUUUCAAGUGUUCAAACUGGUCUGCAUCUUGUCUUCCGGAAUGGAAGAAUUCACCUGUUGAUAGUUGCAGGGAAAACUCCAUAUUCUUUUCUGAUGGUCCUGUGCUUGAGACAGAGCUCAAGGCACACGAUCAAUUUAUGUCUCCACCUGGACUUAAUUAUUCUGGAAAAACAACAAAGGCAAGACAUCAAACCAGCGCUAUGGCAAUUCCCUUAAUGAAAGCAGCAUCACCUCCCUUGUCAUUGUCCCCUCUCGGUCCAAAACUCUCUGAAGAGUCGCUUGAUGGAACUGUAUCUGGCAUUUUAUCUUCCCGGAAGGAUAGGGUUUUUAAAAUGCUUGAUGAAUCAUUAGAUGAUUUUGAUAAUUUGUGCACAAAAUUUGACGUGUUUGCUCCUGAGAUUACCAGUGGCAUUGGACAGCCUUGGUGUGAGGAUUCAAAUCUUAGUUCCCUAAAUGUCAAAUUAUGUAGAAGUUUUACUAGCGUGCCUGUUAGAAGGUCUUUGGUUGGUUCGUUUGAGGAAUCAUUGUUAUCUGGUCGGUUAUCAUCUGGUAAAGUUAGUCAGAGAAUUGAUGGGUUCCUUGCUGUUCUAAAUGUCACUGGAGGAAAUUUCUCUCCAAAGGCACAAAAACUUCCUUUUACAGUAACUAGCGAGGAUGGGAAUAACUACUUACUCUACUAUUCAUCGAUAGAUCUUGGAGGGAAUGUGCAAGAAAACAAGUAUAGUGACCAAAAAAUGAGGAGAAGCCUUAGCAUUGAUGAUUCACGAUCUGAUAGAAGCAGGCUACGAAUACCAAUGAAAGGGCGAAUACAAUUGGUUCUCAGUAAUCCAGAAAAGACACCCAUUCACACUUUCUUUUGUAGCUAUGAUUUAAGUGACAUGCCAGCUGGUACCAAGACAUGUCUGCGCCAAAAGAUCACCCUAUCUUCAUCAGCACCAGCUUCUUUACCAGUGAAUGUAAAGAACAGAGAUUCUGACAUGAAAAAUGAUGCAAAGCCAUCUUCAGUCCCUAAAACUAAUAAUUGCUUGCCUCAUGGAAGAGAUGCUACCAAUUCAAUUCGACUUGACACUGUACAUAAUACUAGAUCUCCUGACCAUAGUAGAUUCAGUAAUAGUGAAUGCAAAAAUACUGGUGUGGAGGGCUGCAGCCCUCCAAGUUCAUCUCGUUUGUGCAUAAGAGAAUCUGUACAUGGUCCUUCAAAGGUCAAUGAGAACACCACUGGAGCUGGUGCUCUACGAUAUGCUCUUCAGCUCCAAUUUAUGAGUCCACUUCCCAAGAAAAGUUCAAGGUCAUUUCAGAGGAGCACAUCUGAUCCUUCAUCUGUACCAGCAGCAAACAAGAUGGACAUUGUCAGUGAGCAACGCUUCUACUUGUAUAGCAAUAUGAGGGUAGUGUUUCCACAGCGCCAUUCUGAUUCAGAUGAGGGCAAGGUAUAUUUUGUUGGAGUUUAUUAUUGUCCUUUAAUGAGAAGAAAUCUUCUUUCCGUGAAAAGCAUGCUUUGAUCUGCUUAUUGUUUGUUGUCUUGAAUGACACUUAUGCUGGGCGAGCAUCCAUGGCCAUGGACAUGCAUUUUAGUUUCAUAAUCUUUUUGUCCCGACAUGAUUUAAUUGUGCUGUUUUAGCCAUCUUUUUGGUCAUCCCUAGCUAAUUUAAAUAUAUAUCCUCUACCUGCGAGCAAAACGACAGGCAUUGUUGUGAUGGCAUCCUAACAAUAAGCAAAUACCUUAGGACUCGAUGAUCCACGUAUGUAUCUUCGAAAAUAAGCUCCAAAUACAUGACAGAUAUUGUUUUUCACAAUUAGAAUUUACCACGUGGUUUUGUCA